CAAAUCAACGCAAAAUUAGUUACGUCAUGAAAACUGGUCGGGCAAUUAGAAUUCCCCCAAUUCCAGUAGUUCUAGAACCUUGUACUCGAACACUGUACUUUUUGGGGGCAAAAACGUUUGAAGAAAAGCUUUUGUUGAAAAAAACUAGCGAGCUUCAUUCCCAGCAAUGGGCUGCUGUUACUCGAAGCCAAAAGCUUCAGAUGAUGAGGACCCAACUUACUUGAAAAAGUUGGCAGAUAAUGGCAAAAAGAAAUCUAAGAAAAUUAGAUGGAAGAAGACAAAGAAGGAUGAUGAGAAGACUGAGAAGACAAAGAAAAAGAUUUGGAAAUUUGGAAAGAAGAAAAAGAAGACAAUUGCUGAAAAUGAUCCCUUGGCGAUCCCUGGAUGUAGCGGUGAGGCUGACUUUAUAAGCUCCUGCUCUUGUGACCAUGGUAUCGCUGGGCCUAGCAGCAACCCUACCAUCAGCAACAUUAAGACAGCGCCUUUCCCCAAAACCACUGAGGCCCACUCAGACAUCGUGCUGUCUGCCCUGGUCUCAGUUGACUCUCCUAUUUCUCCACGAGAACACCUUUUCAGCGUCUCCAGUUCUCUUAGCUUCUCGACAGUGAGCGACAAUCCUGAAGAUGUUUCCAAUGUCCAACUCGAGUUGAUUGAAGAGGCACGCCACCGAAGGGAAGAACACGUUGAACAAAUGAUAAAUGCGCAGGCCGAUAUUUUAACAACCGAGGCUAUUGCUACUGCAUAUGACCUUGUUCAACGCGAGUUAUCUGAAGUGGCGCGCAUCAGAAGGGAAGAAAAAAUCGAGCUUAUCAUCAAUAACCAGGCAGAAAUGCUUGUGGGCGAUGCCAUUUCUAACGCAUGUGUCCUCGUUCAACGCGAGCUUAUUGAAGCAGAAAGGCUAAAGGAAGAGGAACUUGUCGAAAAGGAACGAGAUACCAAGGAAGAAAAGAAGGAUAAUAUUUUGAAUGACCAAGCUAAGUUGAUAGUUUCUGACGCGAUAUCUAACGCGGUUGAUAUCGUUCGAGGCGAGCUGAUCGAAGAAGAACAAAUAAGAAAAGAAGAGCGUUUAAUAACCGAUACAGCUUGCUUUCUCGUUGAUAAUAUCAUCGCUAACGCAUACGAUGUCGUUCAACGAGAGUUGAUAGAGAAAGAGCAGGAAAAUAAGGCAGAAAAGACGGCCCUUAUAACCAAUAACCUAGCUGAAUUGAUCGUGAGUGAGGCCAUGAUUAAAGCUUGCGUUGUUGUGCAACACCAGCGAAGGGACUUCGAAAGGAAAGUCGAGAUGAAGUGGUACGAGGCAGUCAAGAAAAAAGAGGAAGAAGCGAGAGCUAAGGAGGAGGCAAAGAAAGCCUUAGUUACCAAGAAUCAAGCUUACUGGAUUGUGAGUGGUGCCAUGACUAACGCGUGCGUUGUUGUGCAACACCAGCGAAGGGACUUCGAAAGAAAAGUCGAGAUGAAGUGGUACGAGGCAGUCAAGAAAAAAGAGGAAGAAGCGAAAGCUAAGAAUGAGGCAAAGAAAGCCUUAGUAACCAAGAAUCAAGCUUACUGGAUUGUGAAUGGUGCCAUGACUAACGCGUGCGUUGUUGUGCAACACCAGCGAAGGGACUUCGAAAGAAAAGUCGAGAUGAAGUGGUACGAGGCAGUCAAGAAAAAAGAGGAAGAAGCGAGGGCUAAGGAGGAGGCAAAGAAAGCCUUAGUUACCAAGAAUCAAGCUUACUGGAUUGUGAGUGGUGCCAUGACUAACGCUUGCGUUGUUGUGCAACACCAGCGAAGGGACUUCGAAAGAAAAGUCGAGAUGAAGUGGUACGAGGCAGUCAAGAAAAAAGAGGAAGAAGCGAGAGCUAAGGAGGAGGCAAAGAAAGCCUUAGUUACCAAGAAUCAAGCUUACUGGAUUGUGAGUGGUGCCAUGACUAACGCUUGCGUUGUUGUGCAACACCAGCGAAGGGACUUCGAAAGAAAAGUCGAGAUGAAGUGGUACGAGGCAGUCAAGAAAAAAGAGGAAGAAGCGAGAGCUAAGGAGGAGGCAAAGAAAGCCUUAAUUACCAAGAAUCAAGCUUACUGGAUUGUGAGUGGUGCCAUGACUAACGCUUGCGUUGUUGUGCAACACCAGCGAAGGGACUUCGAAAGAAAAGUCGAGAUGAAGUGGUACGAGGCAGUCAAGAAAAAAGAGGAAGAAGCGAGAGCUAAGGAGGAGGCAAAGAAAGCCUUAGUUACCAAGAAUCAAGCUUACUGGAUUGUGAAUGGUGCCAUGACUAACGCGUGCGUUGUUGUGCAACACCAGCGAAGGGACUUCGAAAGAAAAGUCGAGAUGAAGUGGUACGAGGCAGUCAAGAAAAAAGAGGAAGAAGCGAGAGCUAAGAAUGAGGCAAAGAAAGCCUUAGUUACCAAGAAUCAAGCUUACUGGAUUGUGAAUGGUGCCAUGACUAACGCGUGCGUUGUUGUGCAACACCAGCGAAGGGACUUCGAAAGAAAAGUCGAGAUGAAGUGGUACGAGGCAGUCAAGAAAAAAGAGGAAGAAGCGAGAGCUAAGAAUGAGGCAAAGAAAGCCUUAGUUACCAAGAAUCAAGCUUACUGGAUUGUGAAUGGUGCCAUGACUAACGCGUGCGUUGUUGUGCAACACCAGCGAAGGGACUUCGAACGGAAGGUCGAGUUACAGUGGCUUGACGCAAUAGAAAAGAAGACCAAAGAAGAUGAGAGAGAAACCAAGAAAACACUCAUUACCAAGAACACGGCCGAACUAGUAGUGAAGAAUGCGAUGUCCAUGGCGUGCGUAGUUGUACAGAACCAGCGACGGGACUUCGAACGCCAGUUUGAAAUGACGUGGCACGAAGCAGUGGUAAACAGUUCCCGAAAUCUUGCUUCUGGCGCAACAAUAAACGCUCCGAAAGACUUCGAAGCAGAAGGCCCUCAAGUUCUAGUGGUCGAGAACUCAGUUGCUGACACUGAAACGUCUGAGAAGAUCUCAAGCGAUCACGUUAGCGAUGGUGAUGGGGAUGCUGAUAUUUCCAUUCUACCUGGAAAUGAUAGCUCAGAACAUGAAGGAACUGGCCUAAGCGUCAAAGUGGUUUCAAGCUCUAGCAGCGAUGCCAUAUCUAGCGGCAUCCCUGAGAGCCUUCCAGAUCUAACCGAGGCGAGUUCUAACGACCUGAUCCUUAGCUUGACUGGCCUUCCGAACGACCGUCUGGUCCCGUUAUGGAGGGCCUCGAGUGACAGGGAUUACAGGGCCGUACCAAUUGUCAAACAAGCUGAGGCACCUUACGAGAUGAUAGAUCUCAGCGAUGACAGUUCCUGUUCUUCGAUGGAUGAAAGAGGGUAUGAGAUAAAUUCUUCACUUCUGUUGCCAAGUAAUUCUUCCAGGAGUUCCUGGGAGCUGGACUCGCGAGAGAGCUACGUUUGGUCUUCAGUGUGCUCGACUGGUACUUCGACUCGGUCAGGGGAGACAUCUUCGCAUUCCAGUUCAGAUGUGUCGUCUUCUGAGUCUGAGACAGCGGAUACAUCAUCCUUCACUACGUCACUGGCGAGAAACACCAACGCCCAAAACCAGCCAGAGAGGAAAAGGGAGCCCUGGAAUUCCCCUCCUCAAGAGACUAUCAGAGAUUCUAGCAAGUCUAGCCUUUUUUCAAGGAGUGAAGGGCAAAUGCGUCUGCCCAACAACCUUGAAAUAAGCGCUUCUUUGUCAUCUUCGAUGGUCCUGGCAAAUGACGACGACGGGUGGUCAACCAAUCAGGCUUGUCCUGUGCAGCUUUUCCGAGAAUCGGAUUCUAAGAAUUCCAAGGCUGUGUCAUCUCCUGAAGGGUUUGAAGUGAAAGCUUCUCGCUCUACCAAGCAGCCGACUACCAUCCAGGCGAACAAUACUAGUCCUGAAGCAGAUGUGUCGUCUUCUGAGUCUGAGACAGCGGAUACAUCAUCCUCCAAUACGUCACAGGCGAGAAACACCAACGCCCAAAACCAGCCAGAGAGGAAGAGGGAGCCCUGGAAUUCCCCUCCUCAAGAGACUUUCAGAGAUUCUAGCAAGUCUAGCCUUGUUUCAAGGAGUGAAGGCCAAAUGCGUCUGCCCAACAACCUUGAAAUAAGCGCUACUUUGUCAUCUUCGAUGGUCCAUACAAGUGAUGACGGCGGGUGGUCGAUCAAUCAGGCUUGUCCUGAGCAGCUUUUCCGAGAAUCGGAUUCUAAGAAUUCCAAGGAUGUGUCAUCUCUGGCAGGGGGUGAAGUGAAAGCUUCUCCCUCUACCAAGCAGCCGACUACCAUCCAGGCGAACGAGACGUGUCCUGAAGCAGAUGUGUCGUCUUCUGAGUCUGAGACGGCGGAUACAUCAUCCCCCACUACGUCACGGGCGAGAAACACCAACGCCCAAAACCAGCCAGAGAGGAAAAGGGAGCCCUGGAAUUCCCCUUCUCAAGAGACUAUCAGAGAUUCUGGCAAGUCUAGCCUUGUUUCAAGGAGUGAAGGGCAAAUGCGUCUGCACAAGAACCUUGAAAUAAGCGCUACUUUGUCAUCUUCGAUGGUCCAUACAAGUGAUGACGGCGGGUGGUCGAUCAAUCAGGCUUGUCCUGAGCAGCUUUUCCGAGAAUCGGAUUCUAAGAAUUCCAAGGAUGUGUCAUCUCUGGCAGGGGGUGAAGUGAAAGCUUCUCCCUCUACCAAGCAGCCGACUACCAUCCAGGCGAACGAGACGUGUCCUGAAGCAGAUGUGUCGUCUUCUGAGUCUGAGACGGCGGAUACAUCAUCCCCCACCACGUCACGGGCGAGAAACACCAACGCCCAAAACCAGCCAGAGAGGAAAAGGGAGCCCUGGAAUUCCCCUUCUCAAGAGACUAUCAGAGAUUCUGGCAAGUCUAGCCUUGUUUCAAGGAGUGAAGGGCAAAUGCGUCUGCACAAGAACCUUGAAAUAAGCGCUACUUUGUCAUCUUCGAUGGUCCUUACAAGUGAUGACGACAGGUGGUCGAUCAAUCAGGCUUGUCCUGAGCAGCUUUUCCGAGAAUCGGAUUCUAAGAAUUCCAAGGGUGUGUCAUCUCUGGCAGGGGGUGAAGUGAAAGCUUCUCCCUCUACCAAGCAGCCGACUACCGUCCAGGCGAACGAGACGUGUCCUGAAGUUAAAGUGGUUUCAAGCUCUAGCAGCGAUGCCAUAUCUAGCGGCAUCCCUGAGAGCCUUCCAGAUCUAACCGAGGCGAGUUCUAACGACCUGAUCCUUAGCUUGACUGGCCUUCCAAACGACCGACUGGUCCCGUUAUGGAGGGCCUCGAGUGACAGGGAUUACAGGGCCGUACCAAUUGUCAAACAAGCUGAGGCACCUUACGAGAUGAUAGAUCUCAGCGAUGACAGUUCCUGUUCUUCGAUGGAUGAAAGAGGGUAUGAGAUAAAUUCUUCACUUCUUUUGCGAAGUAAUUCUUCCAGGAGUUCCUGGGAGCUGGACUUGCGAGAGAGCUACGUUUGGUCUUCAGUGUGGUCUUCAAGCUCGACUGGUACUUCGACUCGGUCAGGGGAGACAUCUUCGCAUUCCAGUUCAGAUGUGUCGUCUUCUGAGUCUGAGACAGCGGAUACAUCAUCCUUCACUACGUCACUGGCGAGAAACACCAACGCCCAAAACCAGCCAGAGAGGAAAAGGGAGCCCUGGAAUUCCCCUCCUCAAGAGACUAUCAGAGAUUCUAGCAAGUCUAGCCUUGUUUCAAGGAGUGAAGGGCAAAUGCGUCUGCCCAACAACCUUGAAAUAAGCGCUAAUUUGUCAUCUUCGAUGGUCCUUACAAGUGAUGACGACGGGUGGUCGACCAACCAGGCUUGUCCUGAGCAGCUUUUCCGAGAAUCGGAUUCUAAGAAUUCCAAGGGUGUGUCAUCUCUGGCAGGGGGUGAAGUGAAAGCUUCUCCCUCUACCAUGCAGCCGACUACCGUCCAGUCGAACGAGACGUGUCCUGAAGCAGAUGUGUCGUCUUCUGAGACUGAGACAGCGGAUACAUCAUCUUCUACUACGUCACGGGCGAGAAACACCAACGCCCAAAAUCAGCCAGAGAGGAAAAGGGAGCCCUGGAAUUCCCCUCCUCAAGAGACUAUCAGAGAUUGUAGCAAGUCUAGCCUUGUUUCAAGGAGUGAAGGGCAAAUGUGUCCGCACAAGAACCUUGAAAUAAGCGCUAAUUUGUCAUCUUCGAUGGUCCUUACAAGUGAUGACGACGGGUGGUCGACCAACCAGGCUUGUCCUGAGCAGCUUUUCCGAGAAUCGGAUUCUAAGAAUUCCAAGGAUGUGUCAUCUCUGGCAGAGGGUGAAGUGAAAGCUUAUCCCUCUACCAAGCAGCCGACUACCGUCCAGGCGAACGAGACGUGUCCUGAAGCAGAUGUGUCGUCUUCUGAGUCUGAGACAGCGGAUACAUCAUCCUUCACUACGUCACUGGCGAGAAACACCAACGCCCAAAACCAGCCAGAGAGGAAAAGGGAGCCCUGGAAUUCCCCUCCUCAAGAGACUAUCAGAGAUUCUAGCAAGUCUAGCCUUGUUUCAAGGAGUGAAGGGCAAAUGCGUCCGCACAAGAACCUUGAAAUAAGCGCUUCUUUGUCAUCUUCGAUGGUCCUGUCAAAUGACGACGACGGGUGGUCGACCAAUCAGGCUUGUCCUGAGCAGCUUUUCCGAGAAUCGGAUUCUAAGAAUUCCAAGGCUGUAUCAUCUCAGGCAUGGGGUGAAGUGAAAGCUUCUCCCUCUACCAAGCAGCCGACUACCGUCCAGGCAAACGAGACGUGUCCUGAAGGUGAGAUAAGUUCUUUAAAACCUUCGUCUUCUCUACGAAGCUACGAACUAUCUACUUCCUCGAGUGCGUCUUUUGGAGAUGAGAAAUCUUCGAGUGUUGGCUCGUCCUCCCCCGACUCUUCUCGUUCUUCGUGUCUGCUGCCGCCAAGCUCUACCGACUCCGGUACAGGCAGCCACAACCCCUACACAUCCUCGACGCUAGGCAGUACAUCGUCAUCAUACCUUACAGCUGCAGAGGAUCGCGGAGGAGUGAGGCCCCGAGCGCCAUCAAGUUCCUCUAGCGAUGACACCGAGAUCAAAAUACCUAGACGCAAACACAGGCUACGUAAAGAUCGGUCAUCUCAACACGAUAAAGUGGUAUCAUCAUCCACCACAACCAACCAGAAAGGAAGAGUGAGAAGCCAAUGGGAAUACCCUCAGACCAUCAGCGCAUCAAGAAGUGACGGGCAAUUGCCCUCUCACAAGAACCUUGAAUUAACUGCUACUUUGUCAUCCUCGAUGGUCCUAACCAAGGAAGAUGAGUGGGAAGAUAUAAACAUCAGUGACGUGGAGCCUGUACGAGAGCCUGCCACUCAGGCAAAGGAAUCGGUGUCGACUCUUGAGGCAUCUGGCCAAGGAGUUGGACCUUCUCCGUUAACAACAGCAUUCGUCCAAGAGCAACAGACCCUGGCUGAAGACUUUUCAGUCUCAGUAACAAGGUUUCUGUCAAAGUUAUCGAUAUUUACAAGCGAAACUGAAGACAGCACCACCAACUCGGAUGAAACGAACAGCUCCUCCUACACUUCGGAGACCACACCCUCUCAGAGCACCAGCCAAUACGAGAGCAGCUCGUAUUACACGCAGACAACGCCCUCAGACAGCACCACUGAAGGCACCGAGAGCAGCAGCUCUUCCCAUAAUGCCACAGGAGAUUCCCAAUUACUACAGAUUCGCUCAUCCGUCUCGAAUCUUUUGAACCUCGCAUGGGGAUCACGUGAGGUUAUCGGCGGAAGAACGAGUCAUCAUCGAUUAUCGGUCAACGAGACUGAACACACAAUCAGUCGACGAACGUCUGCGGACCGUAGCGCGGAGGCUAUAAGUGUAUUCUUGACUCAAGUUAAUGAUUCUCGUGAGUUGACUGGCCUGAGUCCUGUCGAUACCUCCACGGCCAUCAAGUACCUCCUUGCUAGUGACUACGACGCUCCCAAGGCCAUCAAGCUCUACCUCAGCUGCAUGCGCCAACGUAAGGCUUAUAAGUUGGAAAAUGUCUCGCCUUACACGCGGUGCAUCCAGAAGGAGCUCAGCUCAGGGAAACUCACGGUCUUGCCGAUUCGGGACGAGACGGAACCCACCGUAGUGCUGGUGAAUGUGUCGCUACAUGACCCGGGUACGUCUGACCCGGUCACCGCCAUCCAGGCCAUCUCUUUUCAGCUCGACGAGGCUACACUCAGUCCUAUUACCCAGAAAAAUGGUAUCGAGAUCAUUAUGGAUAUGAGUGACUCAGCCUUCUCAAACAUCGACAUGGACUUAUCCAGGCGAUUCCUGGACAUUAUGCAGGGUGGUUAUCCCGCCAAACUGAACCACGUGUUCAUCGUCUCGCCCCCUCUGUGGAUGCGAGCGAGCCUGCGUUUCUUAGUGGGCUUCCUCAGUGUCAAAACUCGCGAAAAGAUCGAAAUCGUGAGCCCGCGGCAGCUGACCGAGAGGUUACCGCUGACUUCUGUUCCCGUGAGCCUCGGUGGCCUUGCCCAUGUCCGGCACCAGGCGUGGUUACGCCAGUGUGUCGAGUCGUUUGACGAGCGAACGGCUUUCUCAGACGUCAGACCCGCCAUGCCUGGCGACGAAGGGUUCUACCUUUUCGGAGAGAGGAGCUUUGGAGAUGUCCACGACGUCUAAAUUCGAUUUAACAUUUUAUUUCUCAUUUAAAAAAAUAUAUAUUACAGUUAUUACAGUCUUAUCGCCCAGAAAAAACGGUCUCGAGAUAUUUAUGGAUAUGAGUUACCCAGCCUUUGCAAACAUCGACAUGGACUUAUCCAGGCGAUCUCUGGACAUUAUGCAGGGUGGUUAUCCCACCAAACUUAACCACAAGCCUGCAUACUAGGCUUCCUCAGCGUCGAAACACGCGAAAAGAUCGAAAACGUGAGACCGAGGGGUUACCGCUGACUUCCGUUCCCGUGAGCCUCGGUGGCCUUGCCCAUGUCCAGCACCAGGCGUGGUUACACCAGUGUGACGAGUCGUUUGACGAGCGUAUGGCUUUCUCAGACGUCAGAUCCGCCAUGCCUGGCGACGAAGGGUUCAUUAUUUUAAAAUCAUUUUAAAAAAAAUGUACAUCAUUUUAAAAUAAAACUAAUAUAACAGA